AUGACGCCAGCUCCCAGAUAUAAAGUGGACCCAGAGGACUUCAAGUUCUUGGUGAAUCAGUCGACUACACUCCUAAGUGUCAUCCAACAUCAGAAGAAAAUAGCACAAACGAAAAUGCCUGGAUCUAGAGCACCACCUGGGCCAUGGAAUGGUGUGAAUGGACCUCGAGUACUUACCGAAGCUCAACGUCAACGGAAGAGGGAAAGAGAUAGAGCUACGAAGAGGGAAGAGAAGGCAAAGAAUCAACAGAGGUUACAGGAACUCGAACAAACUAAGGAGUAUGCUGCGAAGCGUAUCAAGGAGCUCGAAAACGAAGUCGAAUAUUUAUCCAAAUCUUGUACAUGCAAUAGAGGAGGAGCAUCGUCCCUGGCGAUCGGGUCUAGUGCAGGACCAAGUCACAGUUUCUCAUCACCUUGUCGGUCCAUGUCUCAAGUGUCGUAUGACAGCUCGAGCAAUAUGGACCCAAGUGAAACCGGCUCAGCAGGAUCUCCCGUCUACGAUUACUCUCAAGACAACCGAUCCGAGUACAACGAGACAGCCUAUACAUCUCAGGAAAAUUUUGGCAUUUACUAUGACAAUAGUCCUGUCCAAGUAAAUCCACUUCCUUAUAGAAUUCAAACCACCGUUCCACAAGUCAGUUUUACAACAACUGCUAUGACACCAACGACUUGGUCAUCUACAUUGCAUCCGGCGUCUGCAGCUAGUACACAUUCGUACUCACCACACUCUCCUCAUACGCCCUUGUCUAGCCAGGAACCUAAGAGAUACUCGCAAUGGGAAAAUCGUCCCGAGGAUAGACGAGAUACUUAUUAG